AAAAGUGAACAUGUCUAUAUGAUGAAGCCAUCUUCAUAAGCUUGAUGAGGCCAUAAAUUUGGAUGGGCGGUUGGCUCGAACGACGGUUUUUCUGAGGUCGACUUUGAUCGAAGCUUUUGUAGACGACGACACAACGCAAGCUUCCAACACUCUGAAUAAUUGUUAAACAGAUAUGGGGUACUGGACAUCCAAGGUUCUUCCAAAGAUCAAAAAGGUUUUCGAUAAAAAUGGAACCAAGAAAGCUGCUGCAGCUGAAGCCAUCAAGUCCUUCGAUGAUUCAAAGGAAGACAUUAAUAAGGAGUUUGAAGAGAAGAAAGCUGAGCUCCAGCCUAAAGUGAUUGAAAUCUAUGAAGCUUCUUCCACUGAAAUCAAGACUCUUGUUAAAGAACCAAAGGAAGCAGGCUUGAAGAAGCACUCCACUUUGGUAGUCAAGUUUCUUGAAGAGCUAGCAAAAAUUGAGUUUCCAGGAUCGAAGCCUGUGGCGGAAGCAACAUCCAAGUACGGAGCAGCCGUAGUUCCGGGGCCGGUGUUCUUUCUCUUCGAAAAAGUUUCGACGUUUAUUGUCACCGAAGAGAAAACAGAAGGGCCAGCAGCAGCAGCAGAAGGCGAAGAAACAAGCGAAGUUAAAGGGAAAGAGAUAGUUGUUGAAGAAGAGAAGAAAGAAGAAGAAGUCACAGUUGUUGCAGAGAAAACUACUGAAACUGAAGCUGCUGCAAAGGAGGAACCUGAGCCACCAAAACCUUGAAAAACCUGAAAAAGAAGAAGAACAAGUAAUAUUCAGAGGCAGCAUGUGAAGUAUUUUUUGUGAUUUUUAUAUUUUUAAGGGAAAAAUGAAGGAUGUAAUUGUUAUUCUUUAUUGUUAUGGUUUUAUUGAUUUGGAAUUUGCCCUUUUGUAAUUUUUGGAAUAUAUUGUGUAAUGUUUGCGUUUAAAUGUGAAAAAAGUUAGUUGUAAUAUUA